ACGGGAACACCUCCGGGCUUCAAACUUUUGCUGGCAGUUCAAACUCGACUGUUGUCCGGGCGUGACGAAAUUCGUAGUUCAUUAUUUACAAGCACCACGUUAUAUUUUUAGGUAUUUUUCCGUAACAGCCAGUUCUCACAACCUUGGACGCAGCUUUCGAGCGUGGCGAAGAGCGAGUACUCUGUUGUUAGUGGCAGAUUAGCCGCAGUUUCAAAGUUGAUUCAAGACGAAGCGUGCGACGAAUUCCUGGGUGAUCUGCGAAAUUAGCAUCAGUUCCCGACGCAGGAAGACCGGUUUGGAGAGGAAUACUCAUUACUAGCUAGUUAGAUACGACACAAGCAGGAGCGAAACUCUAACAAAAUGAUCUCAACGGCAACGCAACACGUGGUCUUCCCGGCCAUUUCGGCGGUCUCAGCCUGCGCAAGGCAAAGCGCGCCAAAACCGCGGACGUUGCUUCAGCGUGUGUUGGUGCAGGACCAUCGUCGGCGAUGUGUCGCCACUCUCGGAGCGGACGACAAGCUGCGACAUCAAACCAACGCUAACCACGGGAUAACUCGGUCAGUCACUUCUGAUCGACGGUGGAAACAGGCAGCCGUUGCUCCGGGAACCGGAAUCAACCGAAGUGUAUUACUUUGCAGAUCUACAGUGUCAGUAGUAGCAGACAUCGGCCGACAGACGCGAACCAUGGCUACCGCUCCGCAACCCCGUUUAAUAGCCCUAGAGGAAGCCCGCCGUUUCAUGGUGGACUGUUUCGUCAAAUCAAACACACCCCCGUCGCAUGCCAAACAGAUGGCCGAUCUGCUGGUGGAGGCAGACUAUCGGGGACACUUCAGUCACGGUAUGAAUCGAUUGGAAAUGUACAUCAACGAUUUGCACAAAAAUGCCUGCAACGGAGCGGCCGUUCCAACGAUACUAAACGAGUUGCCUGCAGCAGCCUGGGUUGAUGGAAACAACGGGUUCGGUGCCGUAGUUGGUAACUUUUGCAUGGAUCUGGCCAUAAAAAAGGCAAAGGCAGUCGGAGUUGGCUGGGUUUGUGCGAAAAGAUCCAAUCACUACGGCAUCGCCGGUUGGUACACCAUACGCGCAAUGAAGGAAGGUUGCAUUGGAAUAUCCAUGACCAAUACCUCACCACUGGCUAGUCCAACUCGGAGUAAGGAAGCCGCACUCGGUACCAACCCUUUAUCAGUGGGUGCUCCCGCGGAAAAUGGGGAUGGUUUUGUUUUGGACAUGGCCACCACCGCCGUGGCUGUUGGGAAGAUUGAGAUGCAACGUCGUAAAGGUGAACCAAUUCCAGUCGGUUGGGCUCAAGAUCCCAGUGGCCAUCCAACAACGGAUGCCAACAUAGCCUUUGACACGGGUUGUUUAAUGCCGUUAGGUGGCACGGAGCUCACUUCCGGUUACAAAGGUUACGGUCUCUCGGCGAUGGUGGAAGUUUUUUGCGGUAUCAUGGCCGGUUCAAAUUACGCUACUAAAGUUCGCAAAUGGACCCAUGCCGGAGCAGAUUCGGAAGCCGAUCUGGGUCAGUGUUUUGUUGCUGUAAAUCCAGCUGCAUUCGCACCUGGCUUCGAAACAAGGAUGACCGAUCUGAACAGUAUUUUAAGGAACAUGCCAAAGACUGACGAAUCCAAACCGGUUCUGGUGGCCGGUGAUCCAGAGCGUAAUCACAUGAAAAAAGUAGAUCAAGAAGGUGGACUUGCUUAUCAUGAAAAUCAAAUCAAAACGUGCAAUCAACUUUCGGAACGACUUGGAGUUAGCCCAAUUGCAUUUCUUUGAGAUGACUUCCUCGUAUCAUCUGAUAAGAGUUAGCAUUUACAAUAUUUUUUGAAAUAUUUAUGUUGCAAAAUUUGUUAAAGAUUCAAGUAUGUUUACAAUUUUACUGUUAUUCGGAGGCAUAAAUAUUUUUGGCUAUAAAAAAAAACCACUGGCAUUUAUUCAAUGAACGUUA